AUGGACAUGAGCAUGGGCGGCAUGGACCACGGAGACCACCCGGGCAUGGGCACCGACAUCAACCACGCCUUUUCCCGCGACUACUGGUACAUCGUCGCCGGCGUUGUCGGCCUGCUCGCCUCCAUCCGCGCCGUCAACGCCUACGGCGCCCACACCCGCAUAUCAUCAUGUCGAAAUCCCGCGGUCCAGCAUCCUACACGCCCCGACGGCCUCUUCUCCCAGUCCUGGGCCACCGCCACCGCCUUCAUCCGCGAGAUGAGCCAUCCGCAGUACUACAUUCCCCUCCGCGGCCUGCGCUGGGCCUCGCCCCUGCCCCUCGGCCGCAUCCUCGUCCUUCUCUGCUACUGGGCCAUGACCAUCUACUUCAUGUCCUGGCGCGUCGUCGCUCACGACGCCACAUACUGGGAGCGCAUCGGCUUCCGCAACGCCUGGGUCUCCAUCACGCAGCUGCCCAUGCUGUACCUCCUCGCCAUGAAGUACAGCCCCGUCGGCUUCCUCAUCGGCUCCUCGCACGAGCGCCUCAACUGGCUGCACCGCUGGGUCGCGCGCACCAUGUUCGUCACCGUCACCUGCCACGGCUUCCACUUCUGGACCGAGUGGCUGCGCGCCGACUUUGUCCAGUACGAGCUCGAGAUCAUGCCCAUGGUCAAGUACGGCCUCGGCGCCUGGGCCGUCCUGCUCUGGUCCGUCGUCGUCGGCUUCGUCCCCGUCCGCCGCGUCGCCUACGAGAUCUGGCUGCUGCAGCACAUUGCCUCGGCCGUCGUCAUGCUCUGGCUCAUCUACAUGCACAUCCCCGCCGUCGCGCGCCACUUUCUCUGGAUGGCCAUUUCCUUUCUCGUCGUUGACCGCCUCGCGCGCUGGGCCAACCUGCUCUGGCAAAACGUGCAGUGGAAGCGCGGCGGGUCGGCCUGCGAGGGCCGUCGCCGCAUCGGACACCGCCUCGUCGCCCGUGCCGUCGACGAGUCCACCACGGUCCUCACCAUCAAGGACGUCCACUUCAAGUGGUCCGCCGGCCAGCACAUCUACCUCUGGGUGCCACGCCUCGGCCCGCUCGAGGCCCAUCCCUACACCAUUGCCUGCGCGCACAAGCUACCGGGCGCGUGCUGCUGCAACAGCAUCCAGCUCAUCGUCCGCACCCACAGCGGCUUCUCCCGGCGCGUCAACAAGUUUGCCGCCGAGAACCCCAACGCCGAGCUCACGGGUCUCGUGUCGGGCCCGUACGGCGCGCCCGUUAGCUGGGAUGCCUUUGAGCGCCUCGUGCUCAUCGGCGCAUCCACCGGCGCCAGCUUCGUCGUGCCGAUCCUCGAAGCCGUCGCCGCCAAGCCGCAGCAGACGACCUGCGUGCGCCGCAUCGACAUGGUCGUCGUCGCCAAGUCGGCCGCCGAGACGCAGUACUACAUGGCCCGCGCCAGGGAUGCCGCGCAGGCAGCCCACGCCCACGGCAUCGACGUCCACCUGCACCUGGCCAUCACCGGCGGCCACCGCUCCGCCGACGGCAAAGCUGGCAGUGGACUGCUGCAGGGGCACUCGCGCGAAAGCUCCGAGUCGGACAUUGACGAGAAGACGGCCGCCGCGCGCCCGCGCGUCGUCGACCAGGGCAGCAGCGGCUUCGACAGCGACUCGGCGCGCGCCACGCACGUCGUCAGGGAGUACACGGCCCGUCCCGACAUUGACGCGCUCAUCAGGGAGCCUGUGGAAGACGCAUGGGGCGAGACGGCCGUGGUGGUGUGUGGCGGCAAGGAGAUUGUCGCGCGGACGCGAAAUUGCGUCGCGGCGCUGAGCGACGAGCGGGCGGUGCACAAGGGGACGGGCGCGCAGGGGAUAUACCUGCAUGUGGAGGAAUAUGCAUUCUAA